AUGCCGAAACAAAGCUACCCAGCAUUAAGCCAUCACGAAGAUGCCCUGCUCCUACGUUUCGAUCAUCAAGCUACUCUAGAGCCCAGGAUGGAUGCUCCGCGAUACGCGUGGAGUCUCGCGCGGCUCUUCGUGCGGAACCCAGCGCGAACCGACUCUGAACCCGGCCCUGUAAGACUCCGGAAAAUAUCCAACCCGCGACGUCUGCGACAGCUAUCGUGUGAGCUACCUACCCCUGGGGAGAUCGGCCAGGGUAUCUUUUACAGCCCGAAUUUGUGGUCGACAGUCCCAGCCCCCCGCGCGCGCAUUGACGAAGCGCUGGAGCUAUUCAUGCGUCGCGAAAGGAAAAAAAGGGUCUGGCUAGAACCGGUUAUUCGUGCUAAGCGAAGCUUAACGCGGGAGGAAGACUGCAUUGAUCUGAGGCAGGGAAAGAGAGUUAGCAGGGCUGAAACCGCCGUCGAGAACAAGGGUCCGCACGCUUUUCUGCGAGUUGAUCAUUAUCGUCUACAUUAUUCGAGCAUCAAAGUUGUCCGGCGAGAGACGACUGAGAUGCGUGAAUUGCAUGACUUGGAAGCGGAAUCCGAGGAGCGAAAACAGAGUCUUGCUACACUCGGUGAGAUUGAUAUUCGUAUCUUAGCCAUCGUCAGCGCUCAUGCCGCCUUUUUGGCUGACGGCGGUGUCAACGGCUCGAGGCUAGCCCUGCAGAAAACGUACGAUUUGCACAGAUUAGAUCGAGGCUACCCAAAUAAGGGUUUACCGACCGAUAUGAUGUGUUAUGUCGCAGCUCGCGCUAAUGUAAUCGACGGCUGUCCCGGAUAUCCGCAGGGUGCGGCCGCGUCUAGCGGUGGAGCUCUAGCCGACGCAACGGCGCUGCUGCUAUGA